GUUAUUGACUCUCUGCCUCUGGGUGACCAGACAGUUGUAGGGGAAAGAGGCCUUGCCCUGGACCCAAGUAUGCAAGCUAAAGUCACACUAGCAAGAGCUGUAUAUCAAAACUGUGAUAUUUAUCUGGUGGAUGAUAUUCUCAAAGGAAUGGAUGCAAAAUCUGCAAUGGACAUUUUUAAGAAGUGCAUCUGUGGACUCCUGAGAGCAAAGACAAGGUUGCUAAUAACUGACAACACUCAGCAUAUCAGAAUGGCCCAUAAAAUCAUACUGAUGUCACAGUGUCGAGUACAUCAGUUUGGUGGUUACAGUGAAUUACUAGAAUGUGGCGUGGACAUCAACAAACUUCUGACCUCCAGGUCCUACAAGAAUGUAGAGGUCAGCAGACUUGCUGACUCCAGCACUCCACUCAUCCAGGAUCUAGCUGCAGCCAGUUUAGCUCUGAGUUCAAGCUCCAACCCCCUGACAACUGGAAGCAAAGACAGCCCUGCUGGUUCAGCAUUUGACAUUCUUCAAGCAGAUUUCAAGGAGUCUGGUGACCCACUUAUCAUCGGAGAUGGGGACAGCAAUCAUGGUGGGUCCAUGAAUAGCAGAUCAGUGUACACAACCUACUUUCUUCUUGGAGGUGGAGUCUGUGGAAUCAUUUUCUUCGCCUUGACUUGUCAGCUAGAGCAGGGAAGCUUUAUUCUCUGUGAAUGGUGGCUUGCAUUUUGGGCUGAGAAUUAUCAAAACACCAGUGCCACUGUGUUUGAAGACAAUGCACUGCUUGGCCAGGCAGCCACCUACCUUGACUACCAAGUCUAUAUUUACAUUGGCCUUGUUUGUCUGACGCUGGUACUGGGCUAUCUUCAAGCUGUGAUAUUCUAUGCUAUUGCACAACAUGCUGGUCGGUUACUCCACGACAUGGCCAUUGGUUCCUUGCUGCAGGCUCCCUUGGCAUUUUUUGAUGCUAAUAGUAGAGGUGGAGUGCUGAGUCAUUUUUUGCGAGAUGUUGGUAUAGUUGAUUCUUUGCCACCAGUUCUGCUAGAUUCAUUACAGUCUUUCAGUGUCCUCAUAGCCACAGCUAUACUUGUUGGAUGUAUUAACUACUGGCUGUUCAUCAUCAUUGUACCAUUGGUGAUUCUUUUUGUGUGGGCCAGAAUCAGAUUUCAUAAAGCCACACAGGAUGUGGAGCGCAUUGAGUUAGCAUCUAAAAGUGCUGUAGGAGCCCAUGUUGUGAGCAGUAUGGAAGGCAUUCAGACGUUGAGGUCCCUGAGUGUUGAGCAGAGAUUUCUUCAUAAAUUUGAUGUGUACCAGGACCGCAGUACUGCAGCUUGUUACCUCCACUUGGCAGCAAACAGGUGGUUUGGUAUUAGGGUGGAUCUUCUAGGAUUAGCUGUGGUUGUGGGUGUGGUGGUUGCAUCAUUCCUAGUCGUUGAAUUUCAAGAGCUGUACCUUCCUGCAUCUCUAGUUGGUUUGUCACUGUACUAUUCUAUCAACUUGAUCAAUGUCAACCAACCAGCUAUCAGAAAAUCUGCAGCUGUGCAUUUCAAGAUGAACUCAGUGUCUCACUUACUUCAGUACUAUCAGCUAGCACCAGAAGUCCCUAUCCUACCUGCAUCUGAGCCACCAACACCCCCAGGCUGGCCCAGGUAUGGGAUAAUCACAUGUGAGGGGGUCUCUGUCCCUCCAUCUGGGACCAUGCCUGCAAAAGGAUGUAACCUCCUGAAGAACAUCUGGUGCUGCAUUAGAGCACAAGAAAAGAUAGGAAUAAUAUUCAGCACAACGUCUGAACAGAGAGCUUUUAUAUCCAUGUUAUUCCGGCUGACUGACUUCAUGGGCGUUAUCCGUGUGGAUGGUGUGGAUAUUCAGACAAUUCCCAAAAAUAAACUGAGGGAUAAAAUUGCAUAUGUUCCACAGAAUCCUUCAUUGUUUAUUGGGACUGUGAGAGAGAAUCUUGACCCUAGAAAACUCUUUCCAGAUGCAAGUAUAUGGAAGGUUCUAGAAGAAGUUCACCUGUCUACGUUGGUGUCCUGCUUGCCACAGAAACUGGCAACAGACAUAGCUCUAGUCGCAGAUGGCAUGAGUGUAGGUCAACGGCAGCUGCUGCGGUUAGCCGGGGCCAUGCUACAUCAAUCAAAGAUCAUUAUAUAUGAGGAGCCAACCACUAGUUUAGAUAUUAUGUGCAAUACAAUAAUACACGGUGUCUUACGGACCAAGUUUCAAAGUCAUACUGUUAUACAUAUAGCACAUUUACCUGAUACUAUUAUUUAUGCAGAUAGAAUCAAGAUUAUCAGUGAUGGCAAAAUAGCAGAAGUAGAUACUCCUUAUGCCUUGUUGCAAAAUGCAAACAGCAAGCUUAACAGCUUAGUAUCUGAGCUCGGAGCAGCUCAGGCAAAUCAUCUUCAUCAGCUGGCUCUUGAUAAGCAUGAGAAGCGGCCAUAUGUGGCACCACACAUUGACCCAGCUGAUUUCCCAGAGUUUACUCCCCCUGGAAAUGGAGACUUCAGGUCACCAAACAAUUUAAAUGUGUUACCUACGUUUCAUUCUUCAAGACUGGCAGGAGUUUUAAAUCAACUACCAACGAAUAAAUUUUCUACGGAUAGAUUGUAG